AUGGCUGUGGGCUUUCUUGAUCUCGCGCUUGAGACUCGGCAACAGCUCUAUAAUUAUGCGUUACUUCCAAAUGAUGAGGAACAGCGUCGUGUGCUCUAUAAGUCCGGACCCCUCUUAAGCGAAGACCCUAACGAUAACACCGUCUGGACCGUCAAAGCAAUCUGCAAGCCAGAUAUCAAGCAAUACCUUGGACUCCUACAAACAUGCCGCCAAGUCAACGAAGAAGCUACCCGUACAUUCUAUACCAACAGUGUUGCUUUGAUGGCCAACAAGAUCAAAAACAUAACGCCCGAGAAUGAUCAGCCAUCAUGUUGUUUUGACUUCAUGCCGAAGCUAAAUAUUGGCGCAAGCUUCAACAGCCAGCUCCUACGGGCUAUCUCCAUACUACGCGACCACAAAGCAAAGCUGAGUGAAUUGACUCUCGAAUGUCCCAUUACAGCGCUUUCAUCCGAAGUCACCAAGACGCUUGGGGAACUAUACACUACGGGAUCGGUCGUCAAAGUGAAAGCCUACGUGCAUCAAGAGCCGAAAAUUUCAUUUGAGUCCGCGCCUAUGAAAGGAGGAGGAAGGGGCAUGAACAAAAGGCAACACCCACUAAAGGAGUUUGAGGGUGCGCCGGAUGUUGCGCAUCUCACAUCCCAUGGCCAUGUCUGGGAGGCAGAGUCGAAGGAUACUAUGGAAUGCUAUAUUGAUUUCGAUGGGAAAUUCUGGUUAAUUCGUUUGAGGCUUGAUGGAGAGCGAAAAUGGUGA